UAAUGAAAGAAAAGAGCUGUCUUCCUCAACUAAAAGCGCUAUAAAAAUAUGUAUAUAUACUAUAGGACACUUCCCUUGGUAAACUGCAAGCUGCAAUAUCUACAAAUCUGAGCAGCUACCUACUUUGCUCGGAGUCUGGUGGUUCCGCCACGUAGCUCCGCCCUAUACACGGCGGCGACAGGUUUCCGGCAAGAAGUACAGAAACUUGUAGAUAUAUACACUCCAUUAAAAGUGAAAUUACUUUAAGCCUAGCAAGAAGCAAAAGCACAUAUUAUAGUAUCUAUUCAUCAGUACAAAUAGCCAUGGAUAACGGUGUGGAAGAGAGGCUACUUGAUUCACAAUUAGAAAAAUUUGAUGAUGACUUAAAAGGGAGGAUUUAUGACGAAUCUAAGAAGAUAUGGAGAGUUGCAUUACCAGGAGUACUAUCAAGAGUAGCUUCAUUUGGAAGUAUAGUGGUCACACAAUCCUUCAUCGGACACAUUAGUCAGUUAGAUCUUGCUGCAUAUGCACUUGUACAAACUCUCACCGUGCGAUUCGUCAAUGGUAUACUGAUUGGAAUGUCGAGCGCGACAGAAACACUUUGUGGUCAAGCAUAUGGAGCAGGACAAUAUCAUAUGAUGGGAAUCUACUUGCAAAGAUCAUGGAUUGUUGAUUUAAUUACAUUGACGAUCUUGCUUCCGUUUUUCAUCUUUGCCACUGCAAUCUUUAAGCUACUCGGUGAGAAUGGAUCAAUCGCGGAUGCUGCCGGAUACGUUUCCUACUGGUUCAUUCCCUUUGUCUACAACUUCGUAUUUAGCUUGACGAUCCAGAUGUUCCUUCAAGCACAACAGAAGAACAUGAUUAUUGCAUGGCUAUCAGUAGCGCAAUUUGUGAUCCACAUUCCGUUGUCUUGGCUACUUGUUAUUAAGCUAAACUAUGGAGUCCCUGGUGCCAUGAUAGCAUUGAGCAUAUCCUCGUGGUUCGUAGUCGUUGGGGAGUUUGUGUACAUCUUAGGAGGUUGGUGCCCUAACACAUGGAAAGGAUUCUCAUUAGCAGCACUUAAAGAUAUACUACCCGUCGUAAAGCUCUCAAUAUCCUCCGGUGUCAUGGUUUGCUUAGAGCUAUGGUACAAUGCUGUUCUAGUCCUGCUGGCAGGAUAUAUGAAGAAUGCAGAGGUCGCUAUAUCUGCCUUCUCUAUUUGCCUCAAUAUCAAUGGAUGGGAGUUUAUGAUAAGCCUAGGCUUCCUUGGAGCUGCUUGUGUCCGGAUUGCUAAUGAGGUCGGGAAAGGAGAUGCUAAGGCUGCAAAAUUCUCCAUCAAAGUCUUACUGAGCACUUCACUUGUAAUUGGAGCGUUCUUCUGGAUUCUAUGCUUGAUCUUUGGCAGCAAGCUUGGAUACUUAUUCAGUGAUGAGAAGGCGGUCGCUGACAGUGUGGCUGACCUUUCUACUUUACUUGCUUUCUCGAUUUUGCUCAAUAGCAUUUAUCCUGUACUCUCUGGUGUGGCAGUAGGAGCAGGUUUACAAAGCAAAGUUGCAAUCAUAAAUCUGUGUUGCUUCUAUUUGAUUGGAGUACCUGUUGGAGCUUUGCUUGGAUAUUUGGCUCAUCUUCAAGUCAAGGGUAUAUGGAUUGGAAUGAUAUGUGGAAUAGUUACUCAAUCAGCUGCAUUAUGCUACAUGACAUGGAAAACAGAUUGGGAUGGAGAGGUAACAAAAGCCAAACACCGACUCAAUCGAUUCUACUUGAAAUCUGCUCAAGAAUCUAAUCACAAUGAUCAAGCUUGAGAAUUUUUUUGCCUCCAAUUUUUCACUUUUUGUUUGUAUUAGUCUUGUUAUUCUUUCCAGCUUUGACUUAAAUUGUUGUAAUUUUUUAUUAUGAGCUCUAAUUUUCACCUCUAAUAGAUGAUUUAGUGAUCUUUCAAUCGUUAUUGUGGAGUUGAUAAAUUAUACUCCAUUUGGUUGAAUCAUGUGGAUUUAACUUGAA